GAGCACGCAAGUCAGGUGCCUUUAGGUUGUACGACCAGUGCCUUUUCUGACUUCUCUGAAGAUCUAGCCACAGGAGCUCCUUCUCAUUCUGUGAUUGGAUAGUUAGACUUUGGGUAGUUAGCUCCCCCUCCCUCUUCUUUCUGACGUCCACCAACCCCCUUCUUCUCUCCGACUGUCCCCAGGCUUACCUGAGACAGACAGAGAGCACAACUGCACCAGCGUUAUCCCCCCCCCUCCUCCUCCUCCUUUUCUCCUCCUCCACAUACUGCUAGUCACCUGGUGAGGACAGACAGCAUGGGCAGCAGUAGGAGCGAUAGCAGUAGCAGUCUCCAAUCACAUGUAAUUCUACUGCUUCUCUGACUUGCUUGCCUCUUUCCAGAGAGAGAGAAAGUGAGACAGAGAGAGAGAGAGAGAGAGAGAGAAUUUGGAGCCAUUGUCCCCUUGGAGAAAAAAGAGGGGGGAAACGAGGGAGCACUGUUAAACGAGAGGAGCGGUGAGAAGGAGAAGUCAUAGGAUGAUUUUGGGAGGUAUAAACCGUGCGGGGGCGAUGCCUGCGUUCCUGCGGACCCCCACUAUGAUCCAGCCACACCUGGAUAUGAAGCCCUUCCUGCAGUUCCCCAUGGACACAGCUCCACCACAACACAGCAUGGGCCUGUUUCACAACUUCAACACCGUGAGUAGUAUAUACAAAACCAUGGACCCAGUUCAGAAGGCGGUGAUUAACCAUACCUUUGGCGUUCCGCUGGUGAAGACCAAGAGGCCCAUCAUCUCCUGUAACGUGUGCCAGAUACGCUUCAACUCUGAGAGCCAGGCAGAAGCCCACUACAAAGGCAACCGCCACGCCCGGAGAGUCAAAGGCAUCGAGACCUCCAAGAGUCGCCCCCAGGAGGGUGACAAGCCGGCCCCACCUGUCCCCCCCUCCCCGUCCGACCCCAGUGGACCCCAUACAGGCACCUCGGACAUCAGCGACCCCUGCAACGCAGACGAACUGCGCCCUCUGUCGUCACAGUUUAAUGGGGGAUCUCUGCUGGCCCUGCCUGGGCCCCUACACCCCCUGCCUCCCCUCUCCACCUCUCCCACCACCGACUCCCCCCUUGCCCCCUCUGUGUGUCCCAUGCUGACCUCCCCCACCCUCACCCCUCCUCCUCUGCUCCCCCAAUCCUCUGACUCUCCCCUGGCUUUCGGCACCACCAACCCAGACCAGAGUGGUGGUCCAGUGGCCCCUGUUGCUCCCGGGGCCCCGGCCGGCCCAGAGACAGAGGAGGACAAAGCUAAGAAACUCCUCUACUGCUCACUCUGCAAAGUAGCCGUCAACUCCCUUUCACAGCUGGAGGCUCACAACAAAGGUACCAAACACAAAACUAUCCUGGAGGCUCGCAGUGGGCUGGGUCCCAUUAAGGCGUACCCUCGACUGGGCCCCAAACUCCCAGGGGAGCUGGGAGGGGGGCCGCUGGACCCCAACACUCAGGAACGCACCUUCCACUGUGAGAUUUGCAACGUGCGGGUCAACUCCGAACUGCAGCUCAAGCAGCACAUAUCUAGUCGAAGGCACCGAGACGGAGUGGCAGGGAAACCCAACCCACUCCUCAGCAGACACAAGAAGCACAGGGGGGCUGACCUCACGUCCUCUCUGACCUUCUCUAAGGAUCUCUCCAAAUGUUUGGGCGCUGGGCUCUUGCCCAGUCCCCUGGCGGUUGCUGCAGCGAUGGCCGCCGCCGCUUCCUCAAACCACCAAUUGGCUCAGCUUCGCGCCGCAGCGUCUUCCGUCCACCACCCCUCGCAUCACCACCACCACCACCUAUUACAGGGCCCGCCUCUCAGCCACGCCAUCCUAAGACCCGCCCCCGGACCCAUGCGUACCUCCCACGGGCCAAUCCUCUUCUCUCCUUACUGACUCCACCCCCCUCCACCUCGGCCAGUCAGGAGCAGCCACUCCAAAAGCACACUGUGAAGAAAAUUAUCAAAAUAAACAACAAACAGCAAUUGAUAGGUUAAACAAAUCAUCGGUGAACAAAUCAAACGUAAAAAAACAUCUAGAGGAGUAGAAAAGAAAGGGAAGAGGGCACCCUGACCUGAAACUCUCCCUCCAUCUCAUAGACUUGUGACUGCGAGUGAUCGACUGACGGAGAGAGAGAGUGAGAGAGAGAGAGAGAGAGAGAGCGAUAGGAGGAGCGAUACACAGUAUGCAUUGGAUAGACUCCCCUGUUCGUCUCUCACCUCCCUCUCCCCCACACACUGUGAGAUCCAUCACUGCAUACAGCGAUAGAACAAACUGAUGAGACUGAUCGCGCACACACACACACACACACACACACACACACACACACACACACACACACACACACACACACACACACACACACACACACACACACACACACACACACACACACACGCACACACACCCCUCCACUGCAGCUAACUAUUCCAGUGCAGUAUGCACUGGGCCACACUAAGUAUGUAUGGUUUCCUCAUCAUUCUUUAAUGUGCACUUAGUCUACUAUUCACCUCCACCUCUUCCUAUGCACCUCCAAACCAAGAGAAUAUUGUUACUAUAGUAUGCCAGUACAGUAGGCUAGCUGCUUUUCAGUGGUCUUCUUCUUCGCUAUUAUAAACGUGUGUAGCCAUGUAUAAGUAUAGCAAUAUUCCACAAUACUCUACAUUUCUCCUCCCGCUCUCGGGGGCACAAACGAAACAGGCAAUCUUGUUCCCCAUUUGUGGGUGACCCCUAGGUUCUCUUCCUAUUGGUGGACCUAUAGGUCCUUGUUAGAGUAUUACUGUGGGUGACAACAGGAUUGGGAUGGUCACGUCUUGAUGUGGGACGCGUGGGGGCGGGGCAGAGGAGAGAAGAGAACAGGACUGUAAAGGUGAUUGUGAAAAAAAGGGUUCUUUGGCUGUACCCGUAGGAGAACCCUUUGAAGAACCCUUUUUUGGUUCCACGUAGAACACUUUCCACAGAGGGUUCUACAUGGAACCCAAAAGAGUUCCUCUAGAACCAAAAAGGGUUCUCCUAAUGGGGACAGAGUGUAGGGUGAUUAUGGGGGAGAGAGGGGUAAGAGAGGAGAAAGGGAGCAGGACUCUGGGGUACUUUGUGGCAAGGCUAGGUGAGAGGACGACCAGCGUGGGUCACUGGAUAUCUAGACCCAGGGGCACUGUGGAGGAGGCGGAGACACGCUGGCGUUUGAAAAUAGAUUGUAACAACAAAGAUGGCUGCAGGGGGGGGGGGAGUGUGUCAACCACCAUAACGAUCACAGCUAAACCUCUCCACAGGAUAGGAGAGUGCGAGAACAGAGAGAGGAGCUAGAGCAGAGGAGGCGUGCAUUGGUUCAUACUGCCCCUUUAACACAGUAACCUGGAACCUUGCCAUAUACUCUAACUGGUAUUCUAGCAUCUACUACUCAGUGAGACCACAAUGUGAGUCUUAGUCCUCAAAGUACAACCACACGAGAGUCUGUUCUCGUGUGUGUUUGUGUGUGUCCCCGAGAGCGUGCGGAGAGAAUGAUUUGUGUAUCUGUGAUAAAGCACAGGGUUCCGGAUUCCAUCCACCUAUGCAACCCCCCCCCCAUAUGAACUCCAUACAGUGUUGGUGGUGUGACCAGUGUACAGUAUCUCUACGUAGAGUAUCUCCCUGUAUGUCUCCCUGUCCUUCUCUCUGUUUGGGGCCUGUAGUUCUGGGGUCCAGAAUGGUCAGGGUCUUCUCUUAUGCAUCACUGGAUCGACCCCCCCCCCCCCCUCUCUCUCAUCCUCUUCCAUCCGGAGGGUUGGUUUAAGGCUACAUAAGGGCAACAACGGGACCGCAAACUUCCAAACGAUCUCUACCAGAUCCCCCGAGAGAGACAAAGAGCGAGAGCGGCACAGCGAGAUGGAGCGAGAGCGAGAGGAGGGCGAGAGAGAGAGAGAGAGAGAGAGAAGACACUGAACUUACGUGACAACCACCCCGGAGCACUAGCACAGCAAGGUCACACGUAGUGUAUUUAGGACAGGCCUGGGAGACCCUGCCCAACCCUCUUUCUUUUGGACUUCCACGCCUUCCUGUCUUUAAACGGAAAGCCAUGCAAUGCUAUGUGUAUUAUUUCACCGUGACUGAUCAGUGUUUUGUUCUGUUGUGUUUUGGGUUGGUUGGUUCAUUUCCAUAGUUACCUACACAAUUAUAGUGACGUGCUAAUAAUAAUAAAUACAACAAUUCUAUUUAGGAGGGAAUGGUUGGAGACGGGUGGAAGUGAGACGGGUGGAAUAUUUAGGAGUUGGUAAGAUACCGGAUGCAGAGACUGAGACUGUGCUGUCCACCUACAGUAGGCUACCUGAACUGAGAAUUAGAAGAAGAGAAGCCUGCCCUGCUGAACACUGUUGUAGCACUGGGCCGUGUUCACGGCCUCAAAACGGAGGAAAACUAGCCGAAACGGAGCUGAACAGGGCGGUACUACCUGAACUCGUCCAAUAAGAAACGCCAGGCGUUCGUUUUCUGUUGCAAAAAGUGCCCUAAAUGAACACCACCCCAAACGGAGAUGUACAUUGCCCUUCCAGCGAGAAGCAAUGUGUUCUAAUGUCUUACCUUUUGAUCGGAGAGUUAACUUGUUGUUGUUAAGCGUAAACAAUGUGUUGUACACUACAGGGUAAUGUACAGUGAACUCUGGGUCCUAGAUGUGCUUAAAUGCAUUUUUGUCCUGGUCAGGUCACAUGGUCGAGUCACAUAGUAAAACUCAACCAUAGUAAAAAGACAUGUAAAACUCCUGGUCCUAUGAAUGGGAAACGUGCCUGAUAAUAGGCCUUUUAUGUUCGUCCACAGAGGAGGUGGCCUGCAGAGGGUACAGUAGAGAAGCUCAAUACUAAAUGGACCCCUAGACCCUAUGCACUUGCAGCGAUCUCAGCGGAUUGGACACAACAAUGCGAUCUAGUCAAUCAGUCCGGCCAGAUUGCGCUACUACCAUAUUGCGUAUCGAAUCAUCUUAAGAUUUCUUCAAGUGCGUAGGUUGAAGGGUCUUAGAGGUCGAUUUGGGACAGGGCCGGAAGAAGGACAAUAAAGAAGCGGUUUAGGGAAGGGCCAUUCAUAUUAGAGGGGUCUAAUCCAACGGUAAUUAUGGCUGUGGUCCAAUUCUCUGACCUACCCAAGAGUGCAAUCCUGCACCCACCCUCGUGGAUUUAAAAUUGACUGGUGUAAGGAACAUGGCGUAAAUCAUGCUUGCAAAAAUCCAAUGCUUUUAAAUAAGGGGGUGUGAACAAGUGUACACUUAUGGGUGAAAGAGAGAUAAUUGGAAAUCAGCCAAUCUCUGCUUGGGGAACGGCACGUACACGCCAGGUAGCUGGCAUUAAAGUUGAUCUGACAAGAUGUUUUCAUUUAGUUUGGACUUUUUGUGUUUUUGUUGCGUUGUGUUCCAUUUUCGUGUGUGAGAAAUAAGGUUGAGUAUUGAGUAAUAAAUCCUGAUAUGACAGAAUACGUGAUUAUAUCAAUGCCAUUAUGUAAGAGCUGACUCAGUCAGUUUAUCCACCAAUGUGCUCUUUUGGUUAACUUGAUCUUAAUCCUGAUCUUAAACUUGAUCUUGACUUGGUGGAGAUUAUUUCAUUUGUAGUGAAGUUAAAAAGUGUACUUGGAGUAGUGCUCUUGUUCAUGUUGGUGUGUAAUCAUUAUGUCUGCGUCCCAAAUGGUACACUAAGCCCAUAGCGCUCUGGUCAAAAGUAAUGCACUAUAUAGGGAAUAGGGUGCCAUUUCAGAUGCACCCUGUGUAAUAUUGUGUGUAUUGAGACCUGCUCUCCCCACUCUCCACCAAUCAGAGACCAGAGAAGCCAUGGCUGGAACAGAAGUGGCCUGUCACGAUAUACAGGAGACAAACAUUAACCCAGGCAGGGUGGCCGACCACAAUAGAGGAGACAAACCUUAACCCGCCCACGCAGGCACAGACGUUAAGCGAUUGUUUCUUGAUAUAAGGUUGACGAAGCAUCAAACAUUAUUAACAACCAUGACCCAACCGAUCAGUUCAAAGGGUUUGAUUCUGUCACUGUUAGAUCCAUGAAGUUGAAAUGUACAUCUAUUGUUCAUAUCGUAGUCACCUCAAAUGGUACGUUCAUCCUCAUGUAAUUAAUCAAUACUGUUGAACAUAUUUUCUGAACAGGUGUCCUGGUAGCUGUGUGUAGGCUCUUAGCCUUAUUCCAUCCUUAUUAAUCACCAGCGGCAGAGAAUGCUGCCCAAAUGGCACCCUAUUCACUAUGUACUGCCCUGGUCAAAAGUAGUGCACUUUAUAGGGAAUAGGGUGCCAUUUGGAAAACAUCCAGAGAACGAUAAAGAUGGAGACACUUUGGUGAAACCGUGUCUUGCCAAUAAAGUACUUUUUUUGAAUUUCAUUGUCAGAGGGGACAAGUAAGAGUUUGUAUGUCGAAUUGUAGCAAUACCCAACUCAUACUGGCUACUCUUGUUUAUUGCAAUAAUAAUUAAAAAAAUGAACCAAUAAAAUACAUAUGUGAGUAAAAUAUUAUAAAUGUAAUUUUAAACAAAAAAAUAUACUUUACGAAAAUGCUAUUGGUGUCUGUCGAGAGAAAUGAAUGGUGAAAAAAAAAAGUUAAUCAAUGUCAAUAAAUCAAUAAACUGAAGAAGGAAACCUC